GAUCUGUACAGCUUCUGAUACAAAAUGCGCUUUCACGGACACUGUAGAGGUAUAUUACAAUGACCAAGUCCUUGAGGCGAACACCAUCGUUACUUUGCUGCUGUGUGGUGGUUAACAUCUUCAAGGUACCUCGCUGAAGAACUUUCACGGAUAUAGUAUUUUAUUUUAUUGCAGCAUUGGCUGUCCUGUAUUUCGCGAUGUGUUUAUUGUCCUAUCAACCAGGUAGACGUCGUUUUAUCCUUUCAUGAGGACAGUUUUGCGGUACCUCUCGGUGUAAAAAAAAAAAAAAAAGUGCACGGUUCUCCUGCGGCUGCCUGACACACAAUUCGUGUCUCGUUGAAGGAGAAUAUUUUACAGCAAGGCAGAAGAGCGAGAGCUGGGCGCUGUACAACAACGCACAUCUGCUUAUCCGUUUACAGACCUCACAGCACGACGGCUUGACAAUACAAAAGGGCCAUCACCAUGGAGAAGCUGUUUGUCUGUUUCCUCUUGCUCAACGUGCCUGUGUCUGCCAUGCUGUGUCCCAAGAGAUGCACGUGCCAGAACCUGCUGCCUUCCUACACUGUCCUCUGUGCAAAGACGGGACUCCUGUUUGUGCCACCCAACAUCGACAGGAGAACAGCAGAGCUUAGACUCAUGGACAACUUCAUCACCACACUGAGAAAGAAGGACUUUGCCAACAUGACCAGCCUCAUUCACUUGACUCUGUCUCGGAACACCAUCAGCCAAAUCACACCCUUUGCGUUUGUGGAUCUCCACGACUUGCAUGCUCUACACCUGGACAGCAACCGGUUGACCCUGGUCAGCGACGAGCACUUUCAGGGCUUGAUUAACCUUCGCCAUUUGAUCCUCAGCAAUAACCAACUGCAGUCUAUUUCCGAAGGGUCCUUUGAGGACUUCUUAGAAACCUUAGAGGAUCUGGACCUAUCCUACAACAAUCUGAGGGAAAUCCCUUGGGAAACUAUCAGUAGACUCAUCAGUGUUAACACCCUCAGCUUGGACCACAACCUCAUUGAAUUCGUCCCUGAAGGGAUCUUCUCCAACCUUCACAAGCUCGCCCGACUGGAUAUGACCUCCAACAAGCUCAAGAAGAUCCCACCUGACCCUUUGUUCCUGAGGAUCCCUGUGUAUGCAAAAAUGAAAGGCUCUCCCUUGACCUCCAUGGUCCUCAGCUUUGGUGGCAACCCUUUACAUUGUAACUGUGAGCUGGUUUGGCUCAGGAGACUAACAAGGGAGGACGAUCUCGAGACAUGUGCCUCUCCACGGGAGCUCAUGGGCAAAUACUUCUGGACCAUCAAGGAAGAAGAGUUCAUCUGCGAACCGCCCAUGAUCACCAGGCAUACCUCCAAAAUGUUUGUCAUGGAAGGGCAAGAGGUAAGUCUCAGGUGCAAAGCCAUCGGGGACCCCGAACCAUCUAUUCACUGGAUCUCCCCAGAAGGGAAAGUCAUCGCCAACACAUCUCGGACCAUAUCCUACGAGAACGGGAGCUUAGACAUUCUCACUACCACCAUCAAAGACUCUGGCAUCUUCACCUGUAUCUCCUCCAACGCUGCUGGGGAGUCCACUGCCCCAGUAGAACUCAUUGUCAACCCUUUCCCUCUCCUCACGAACCGAACAAGCCAUAUGAAGGAAUCAGAGCCAGGGCCCUCGGAUAUCUUGACCUCAGUCAAGUCUGCCAAUGAAACCAGUGGCAAAAAGAACAAGAGAGUGUUAGCUACUGAACUGACAUCCUCAUCUGUCAUGAUUAAAUGGACGCCCCAGAACCACAUACCUGGGAUUCGGAUGUACCAGAUCCAGUACAACAGCUCAUCCGAUGGUAUCUUGAUUUAUAGGAUGAUUCCCUUCUCCAGCAAGUCCUUCCUCUUGAGUGACCUGGCCUCCUCGAGGGAGUACGACCUGUGCGUCCUGGCGGUGUACGACGACGGAAUCACCUCGCUGACGGCCACCAAGCUCCUCGACUGUGUCCACUUCGUCACGGACAAGGAGUACAAGCAGUGCCGCUCCAUCCACGACCAGUUCCUGGGAGGGACCAUGAUCAUCAUCAUUGGGGGGAUCAUUGUGGCCUCAGUGCUGGUUUUCAUCUUUAUCCUGCUCAUGAAAUACAAGGUCUACAACAACCAAUACAAGCAGAAGCAGGCCAAAGUCAGCAACGUCUGCUCCCAGACCAACGGGAGCCAAGCCGGGACCUCCUCUGGAUCCACUAUGAAGUCGACAGAGAAAUACGAGGUCCACUAUCAGGAGGGAUACGGGGCUAUCGUCAAAGGGACAACCAUAGUGGAUUUGAACCUCGAUUGUGGGAAAAUGGCCACAGAGGAUGACGCGAUAUCACAAUAACACAGGGUGACUUUUUUCCCCCCACACACCUCUCCGACUGCCUUAGGAAGGAUGAUCAGGUGUCCAAGGUAAUGAAAAGGAUUGUACACCCUUGGUGUAUAAUGAAAUUGAUGCAAUCAAAAAAAUGACUUUGUGGAUAAAGGACAGCGGAUGCCGCCUUUCAUUUCUAACAAAAAACAACCCUGGAAUACAAAAUAAACCAUCCUCUGGGUGGUGCUGAACAAUGAUAACAACAACACAAGGACUACAUUUGAGACUAAACUUUUUAUACAGAAAUGAUAUUGGAAAAAGUUUAUGAAACAUGCCGCACACAGUGUGUUUCUGUGUUCAUCUUGACAUGUCAGGAAUACCUUUUUUUGCAAAACGGAUAAAAGUUUAAAACUGCACCAAGUUAGCACAUACUGGAACACUCUGCUGGCACUUGGACUAUCUUGACUGUGGGUUCUACUGUCUGGGCACAUCCAGGACCUAUAAACAGUACAGUACUGUGCUAUGUGUUUCCAUCGGGGCUAAGCUGAAAGCGGUUUAAAUUCAGUCCUGUUUGUUUCCAUUGGCAGUAGACAAACAAUUGAACUGGAAUCAGUGCCUCUAAAAUCAGAGUACAGAUAUCCAAUAUAUAUAUAGAAGAUUGAAUUGAAGUUGAAGCCCAAGAUUGAAAUUGGAGGUUUUAAAACAAAGCAGUUUCAUGGUUCAACUGGAAACAUGGAAUAUUUUGACAAUAUAAAACGUCAGAUUGCUACACUGGCUACAAAAUGGAAAUGUGUGAAUUCACAGGACGAUACACACAAGGAAUACCCAACAAUCACAAGAAAAAUGUUUGUUUUAUAAAAGCGGACACUCUUUGCGAACUCAAACAAUGUAUUAAUACUGUACAGAUUGUUUCCCAGUUCGUUUGCCAGACUUUUUUUGUUUUUGUUUUUAAAUCGGUUUUACAAAAAGGGAUCUAAAUUUCUUUUCUAAAAGCUACAGAUAACCAACCUACAAAAAAAAAAGGUGCAACAUUUUGAAAAAAUUAUAUUUACCAUCCAAGUAUUUCUAUUUGAUUUAGUCAUUUCAUCAUUUCUGAUUUGAAAU